CCAAAGCAGUGUUAAGUAUGAAGGUGCGAGCAUCUGUGAAGAAGAUGUGCGAGUUCUGCAGAACCGUUAAGCGCCGCGGACGUGUAUAUGUACUAUGCACUUCCAACCCUAAACACAAGCAACGACAAGGCAUUUCCACAUUUGCUUCUGAAGGCACGGUGCCUCCCACGAUGGCAGAGACGAAUGUGAAGCAUCCAAUUGUGCCAGGUUACAGCAUGCGGCCGGGACUAGCUUCCCUUCUUCCUAAAACGCAAGCACAGUCUUCGUUGAUUAUUGGGUGGAGGGCUAAUCUGGCAUCUCUCAUAUUCAAACGAGGUAAUUAGGGGUACCACAAGAAGCGAAUAUAUUACAGUUGUCGAGUUGAUCUUCGAUCGAUGCAGCCAGUCAGAGCUAUGAAUUCUUUUUUUUCAAUUGAAAUUAUAUUAAUGAAUGGUGAUGAUACAUUUGGAGCCGUGUUUGGUAUUUUGUUGCGCCAGUAUGCAAUGUUGCAUUCCUAAAAUAGCUGUUGGAACACAGAUAAAUGUUGAAAGGGCAGGGCCCUUGGACUCUUUUGAUGCGUCAGCAUGCAUUUAUGGGCACACCCCAAUAAGAACAAAGAGCUGCC